AUGUCAACGAUAACUGAUGGAAAAAGGAAGAGGAAAGCUCACCUAGCAUGUCAGAAUUGCAGAAUAAAGAGGAGGAAGUGUGACAUGGAGAGACCAUGUUCCAAUUGCUUGAAAUAUGGGAUCGAAUGUAUCACUGUCAACAAUGAUAAACGGACUAAAAGAACAACUCAUGAAUACGUAGAGAAACUUGAGGCAGAGAUUGAUGAUUUGAAGAGGAGCAUCGAGAAGAUGAAGAGCGAAACGUUAGAAGGGACGCCAUCAAAUACACUUCCACCAAGAAACCCAUCAUGGAAGCCCUUCCUUGCUGAGAUUAGAUCGCCUACUCCUUCAUCACCAAAUAUGCAAAGUACAUUGACCAAAAAUAACCAAGUGGUUUCAUCCAGUAUCUAUUCUAACGAUUCUCUAGCCAUCACAAAAAUAUUUUCCAACGAUGUCAAUCGAGAUAUGACUACCUCUAAUCUCCGAACAUUGUCCAGGUCGCCAGUGAUACUACCUGCUUUAUCGUUGUUUUUCAAAUGGUUAUAUCCUGGCCAUUAUACUUUCAUUCAUAGAGAAACCUUUCUAAGCGCCCUUUUCGGUGAGCCUUCUACAAAAGCAUACUACUGUUCUAAAGAAUUGGUGUUUGCAAUUGCUGCUUUAGGAAGUAAGCUUGCCGAUAAGAACGAAGAACUGUACAAGAAAUCUCAAGAAUAUUACACACUGGCUAAAACAAAAGUAUUAAAUAAAAUCUUCCAGCUAGAUGGAUCUACUGCGAGUUAUUCAUCAUCUUCUAAAUUGGGUAUCAUCCAAACACUUUUAUGCCUUGCCUUCUAUGAUAUUGGAAAUGGCGAGAAUCCAUUAGCAUGGUAUGAAUCGGGGUUAGCCUUUAGAAUGGCUCAUGAGAUUGGCUUACAUUUGAACCCCGAAGCUUGGGAUGACGUCUACGACGACAAAUUGUCACAGAUCGAUAUCGAGGUGAGAAGUAGAAUAUACUGGGGCUGUUACAUUGCCGAUCACUUGAUUGCAGUAUUGUUUGGUCGUUCAAAUUCUUUGCGUGUGUCAAAUUCGACAAUUCCAGAAACUGAUGAGCUACCAAAUAUUGAUACUGGUAUCGAAGAUUACCAAUACGAUCCUACAAUUGUAACUUCUAUUGCCAAACCUUUAAAAAAGAUUAUUGUGCUAUCAAGAAUAACUGAGGUUUUCGCCCCGAAGAUAUUCAUACAUGCCGGUUCUUUAACGGAAAGAAGGGAAUAUCUAACAAAAUUCAACAGUGAAGUUUCAAACUGGCGUAAGAAUCUACCUGAUGAGUUUGCUCUCACUAAGGCAACGCUAAUCAACUUCGAUUACAAUCCUAUUUUGGCUCAUGUAUGGUAUCAUUAUUUUGUUAUCCUUUUGUCCUACAACAAACCGUUUAUUGAUUCACUUCCUGAGAGUAAACAGGCGAUAGAAAACGCAAUUGAAGAGUUGUACUUUUUAUUAAGAUCGUUUAUGAGAAAAUUCAAAACAUUCCAGAAAAGUAACAUUUAUAUGCUGUAUUCUUCGAUUCUUGCAAUUCAGUGCAUAAAAACUGGUUCAAUUAAGAAGGACAAUCUUUCGAUAUUCUUGGAAUUUCUAGGAUCUCCGUCAUUGAACUACGAGCUAGCCAAGAAAUUUUACGAUAAUGAAAUGAAAAUGUCAAAAAGUAGCAAUAUAAAUGCUAAUACUGGACUUGAAAACACUGCACUCUUGGGAAGUUUAUCUAAUGGUAAUGAAUUUGCCUUUGAAUAUAAUUUUGAUUUUACUUUAUUGAAUGAAAUCGAUAAAUUAAUCGGUGGUGACAUAACAAUGAAAUAA